GGGAUUUUGGUGGGGCGGAAGGGGAAAGUGGGAUUAGCAAGGCGGGGCGCGUCAUCACGUCAUCAGUUGAUCCCUGACGUCAGGCUUAGAGUCUGUUUCGCUCUGCAACCUGUUUCUGAAGGGACAUUGGCAAUGGAGGGCAACGAUUCAAAGAAAAAGCAUAAAAGGAACGGGCUUGCCUCAGAUUUCCACAUAAUUUCAUUCGCAUUCAAAAGACUUGUAACUUUUCAAAACAACCAACACUCUUUACCAAUCUACCAAAAACAUUCAAAAUGGCUUCUCGUCAAUCUGGAAUCACUGACAAGGCCGCUGGUUCCGCAAAGGAAACUCUUGGCAAUGUGACCGGCAACGAGCAAUGGCAAGCUGAGGGCAAAGCGCAAAACCUAAAGGGUAACGCUGAAAACGAGAGUGCAAAAGCUCAAAAUCGAGCUGAAGCUGCUGGCGAGGGCAUCACUGGAUGGGCCAAGCAGACGUGGGGCGCCAUCACGGGCAACGACUCCAAAGAAGCGGAAGGUCGUGCCGAUCGCGCAAAGUCUGAUGUCAAAGACAAACUCAACCAGUAAAUGUGACCACACUACACUGUACAGAUUUUGAAAUGUGGUGGAAACAGGAUAUCGUUGUAUAAAUGUAGUUUCGUUUGAGAAAUAAAAAAAAAGUUAUAUCCCUUUGAUCAUCGUGAUCGUGGUUG